CAAUACGGUUCCGGGCCAUACAGUCUCAGCCACGUCUUUCUCCUUUCAGGCCCUCCGAAUCAGCCUCAUCAGGCAAUGAAACUGUGGCUGGAGAACAGGCAGACUGACGGACCAAAAGUAACGGACAGCAUCCUGGAAUCAGGCUGGACUUCCGGUUUGUCGCCUCACCUGGUGCUUUUGUUCGUGAUUGUUGCUUUUCUUUUUCUUUUUCUUUUUUUUUGUCUUGCCCCUGGCAGUGGCGGUGGAUGGGGCUUCGACCAGACGUUCCAGAUCCCAUGUCUAGGCGGGCAUCGAAGGGUCUGGCUUGGGGGAUCUUCCAGAAGGGAGAGAGAAUGGGGUUUCUCCCUCCCCUGCGAUGGAGUGAGAUGACGUCGUCGCCGGUUUCUUUUUUCGUUGCUGGACGCUGGUUGAAGGCAUUAUUCUGGCUGCUGUGACGAUGAUAGACAUGGGCCCUGGCCCAUGCAAGAUGACUGAUCUCUCUGGGUUUUUAUUUUUCGGUUUUCUGAUUGGGAUUUAGUUCCCUCCGUCCAAAAAGUAAUGCUCGAAAUC